AUGAAGGUGCAAGCUGGAUCAGUGUCACAGAUGACGUACAAAAAUGCCGUCCAUUUCGGUGACAAUCGCUUUAAAUUUGUUCCACUGAAGAUUCGUGACGAUGAGGAUGUUGAAACGAUGUUCUCGAAUCAUGAAUGUUGUGGGUUUCAGCACAUUGAUUUAUAUAUAACAUUUGCACAAGUUCAAGAAACGCAGACUUCUCAGGUGAUCAAUCCAUCCAUAAUUCCACACGAAGAUGUUGAAGAAGGAGACGGCGAAGAAGAAAACGAGGCACAAGUUGAUGAUUUAUAUACUACCUUGUUUGAGGAAGGGAACGAAGUCAACAUAGAUGAUCAAUGUGUUCCAGUUGAAAAUGUAUUCAUCCCACCAACGCAUAUGACAACCCUGCCACUAAGCGUAGAUGGAACGUCAUUUGAUUGGCCACGAAAUCCUCGUUUUCCCGCGGAAGAUGACAUAGAAGUCGGUUACCAAUUUAAAAAUAAAGCUGACUGUGUCGCUGCCAUUAAGCAAUACCACAUGAAACACUGUGUGGAUUACAAAGUGAUAGAUUCCGACAAGAAGAGAUACAUAAUUUUUUGCAAUAAUGAUUCCUGCAAGUUUCGUCUCGUGGCGUCCUACCGAAAAAGAACUGAGUUGUGGGAGAUAUGCAUUAUGAACCCACAACCAGAUCUAUGUUUAAUUUCAGACCGACAUGCAUCAAUUGAAAGUGCAUACAACAAUGCGGAAAAUGGUUGGCACGAUCCCCCUUCAGUGCAUGUUUAUUGUAUCCGACACAUUGCACAAAACUUUAUGAGAGAAAUCAAGGACAGGAACCUACGGAAAAAAAUAAUUAACAUGGGAUACGCUUUAAACCAGCCAACAUUUCAUUACUAUCGGUCAGAGAUUGGCAUGGCAAAUGCAGAUGCUUUAAGGUGGAUUGACAAUAUUCCAGCCGAAAAAUGGACAAGGGCAUUUGACGGCGGUCGACGUUGGGGUCACAUGACUACCAACCUUGUCGAGUCAAUGAAUGUCGUCUUUAAGGGCACACGUAAUUUGCCCAUUACAGCAUUGGUAAGGGCAACGUAUUAUAGACUAGGAUCUUUAUUUGCUGAAAGGGGUGGAAAGUGGAGUGCUGUGUUGAAUUCUGGCCAAGCAUUUACAGACAACUGCCUCAAGGUUAUGAAAGAAGAAACAACAAAAUCCAACACACAUCAAGUCAGAAUUUUUGACUACAGGAACAAUGUUUUCAGUGUGCAAGAGACAAUGGACCAUGGUGAGGGGAAACCUAUGGGACAUUAUAAGGUCGACCUCUUGAACGGGUGGUGUGACUGCGGAAAGUUUCAAGCAUUUCGUGUCCCUUGCUCACAUGUUAUCGCUGCAUGUUCGAAUGUGCGCCACGAUGCUUACGCUCUUUUGUCCGACGUUUAUAGGGUUACAAACCUAUUUGGGGUUUACAGCGCAAGCUUUCCAGUGAUGCCAUGCCAUGAAUAUUGGCCUGUUUAUGAAGGAGAUCAAAUUUGCCAUAACCCAAGAAUGCGGAGGAACAAGAAAGGUCGCCCUGUAAGCACACGUAUUACAACAGAAAUGAAUAACUUUGAUAAGCUUGAGAGGAAAUGUUCCAUGUGUCGUCAAACGGGACACAAUCGCACCCGGUGUCCCAAUGUGGGAACAAGUAGUCGUUGGUCCUUUUAUUAA